AUGAGCCUCACGGCAGCCAGUGUCUUGUGCCACCUUGCAGAAAAGGCAGAUCAGCUUGAGAAUGUGCAGGAGCUCACACUGCUCCUCCAGCAGGAGUUUGUGCGCCUUUUCCGCGGUGCGGAGGCACUGUCUAGUCCGUCGAGGCUCGCGGCCAGCUCGCUGGCCUCCACCGAGGACGAUAAGUUGUUGGCUGUUCGGGCCGUAGGGGCGUUGCACGGUGUGGGUUUGCGGCGCCACAGCAUGUUUUUCCAGAGCGCGUCGUAUCACACGGAGGCCGCGUUCUUUAUCCAUGAGCUCCUGGGGGCCUUGUCAGGCCCCAGGCAGCUUUGGUUUCAGCAGCUACAGGUAGAGAGUCUCCGCGCGUGUGUCGCCGUGGUGACGGCCAUCGGCUGUGGGAAUACGCGGCUCUGUCUUCCUGGAAUUGUUUCGGCGUGUGUGAGGUACAUCGAUCGUGCGCACCACGGUACCGACGCAGUUGCCGUGCGUACAGGGGCAGUAGAAUUGCUGCGGGUCUCGCUGACCUCCUCGCUGGUGCUACAAGGGGAGGACAAGACGUGGAUGCAGGGGACCGUGGAACACUUGGGGCGCAGUAUGACGCGGGUGUUGGAUCCACGCGGGCUAGCGCGUGGGGCACUGGCGACCUCCACUCACACAGGCGUUGCUGCGGCUUACUACAGAGCUGCUGCUGCUUCCGUCACUCCGCACAUUUCUUGCGGCACCACUGAUGCGGGAGGUUGUCGUCGCUUGGUUUGUGCUCUCAAACGUGCAUUUUCUUUUUAG